ACCCGAUACAUCCCCUCAGCACUGUUUGGAGACCCAAACUACCUUCUUAUCGGAAACCGCCAGUGAAAAGCCAAUGUUCACCCUUUCAAAAUCCCAAAGAAGUAGCAGCACAGAAAUCCUUGAUGACGGAUCCUCCUACACCAGCCAAUCUAGUGCAGAGUAUUACUGCAUGACCCCAAAUUCAAAGCCCUGUUAUAGCACCCAAACCCUUGACAACCGCACUAGAAACAGGAGGCGGUCCAAGAAACAGAACAUUUCUGCUUCCAGCUCAGGAAGUAUGCCUAACCUAGCCCAGAAGGACAACUGCAAUGGGGUUUACGCAAAAAAGCAAGGACAGAUGCCAACCAGUUGCUACAUUUCUGGCUAUGCCCCUUCUAAAGAGGGUGAUGUAUAUUACAACGGUGGCUAUGUCUAUGAGAACGGCACGGAGGGCCAAUACACGGUGAACCCUUCCUAUCGUUCCUCAGCGCCCUAUGGGUACGAACGCCGGUAUCGGGAAUUCAGAUCUUUCCAUGAAGAUGAAAUGGAAAGAGUGCCCCACAAUCCAUACGCCACACUGCGCUUGCCACGGAAGCCGUCAAUGAAAACAGAGCAUAUCACCAAAAACAUUCACAAGGCCUUGGUUGCGGAGCAUCUCCGUGGCUGGUACCAGCGUGCCUCUGGACAAAAAGAGCAGGUUCUUGGCUUGCAGGCGGGCCUUGAUGCUGAUCGAGAGUCCCAGAGAGGCCUAGGACUACAGAUGCUAAGUUGUCAAAGCAGUCAUUCAUCUUCUUUCUCUAUAGCAUCCUCAACAAAUUCCUCUGUGAACUGGCGGAAUCAGGUUUUGUUGGGACUUCCUGAUUAUGAUACGCUAUCUCAGUCCUCUUUUGCCAGCUGUUACGGGAAUGUGUAUGGGAAACACCCACUGCAGAGCAGGAUUUAUCCUGAAACUAACCAGUUGGGCAACAGCAAUAGGAACCCUUUGCAAGACGACCUGCAAGAAAGCGAGCAGAGACUCUUCUG